AUGGUAGCAAAAAAGAGAACAAAGCUCAGAAGCAAAGUUGCGAAGCUAAGUACGUCAGAAAAGCCUUUAGGGAUUGAAUGUGAUGAGAAAGAAUUCCCAGAGGAUCCAAAGGCAUUCCUACAUCAGUACCGAGAGUCAAAGAAGGAAAAGUCGGUUGCGAAAUCGCAAUCAUUCUUGAACAGGAUCAGAGAGCAGGCAACCGGCAAUGUAGGUAUUUCCAAGUCUUCGCUAAGGCGUAGGAAGAAGAAGCUUAAAAAUGAUUUGAAGCCGAAGAUGGAAGAUCUGUUAACUUCACUGAAGCAAGAAGGUGUUUUGGAUGAUGCAGGUGAUGUUAUCACUAUUGAAGAUACCGCAGAAAGUGCAUCGAAGGUGACGAAGAUUGUCACUUCUGCGAAGUACGCUAGUUUGCAGGGGCAACAGAACAGUGAGCCUGGACAGGUUGUUAUAAAACGGAACGAGCCAAGUAUUAGAACUCAGAAAGGUGCCAGGAAGUUAGGAAGAGAAGAAACAGCCCGCUUUUCUAAAGUUAUAACAGACAAAACAUUCCAGAAUAAUCCAUUUGCUGCAUUGAGGGAGGUCAUCAUCGCCAGGGGUAACGGUAGUUUUUAG